UAGAAGUGACGUGACCCGUGUUCUUUGCUCACUAUAUAGAUAUAAUAAUCUGUUUUGAAUUAAUAACAACACAAGUGACUAUGCCGCGACCGUCCCGUGAGUCUUAUGGUGAUCAAAAACCUCCCUAUUCUUACAUCUCUUUGACGGCGAUGGCCAUCUGGAGCUCUCCGGAGCGCAUGCUGCCUCUAUCGGAGAUCUACCGCUUCAUCACAGACCGAUUCCCGUACUACCGGCGCAACACGCAGCGCUGGCAGAACUCGCUGCGCCACAACCUCUCCUUCAACGACUGCUUCGUGAAGGUGCCGCGACGGCCCGACCGGCCCGGCAAGGGCGCCUACUGGACGCUGCACCCGCAGGCCUUCGACAUGUUCGAGAACGGCUCUCUGCUGCGCCGCCGCAAGCGCUUCAAGCUGCACAAGGGCGAGAAGGACAACCUCAACGCGGAGCUGGCGGCACUCGCGAGUUUCAACAGAGCGUUUCUGGCGCGACAAGCCGGCGCGCCUCCGCCACCUGUGCUGCCUUCCGCCAGCCUAUACUCACAGACAACAUGCCCGCAACCAAGCCCGGAGCCCGCAGAAAUGUCGGAGGUCGGCGCGAUGACGCUGGUGACGCGGGAGCGGCCGCGGCGAGCGUUUACUAUUGAAGCGCUUCUUGAGCCGGAGCCACCGCGAGGGCCGGUGCUGACGCUACACGCGAUGCCUGCGCUGCCCGCUCUCGCCUCGCCGUAUGCGCUGGCGGCGCAGCGGUACCAUGCCCAGCUGCUGCAGGCGGCGGCGGCAGCGGCGCUUCGACCCUGUUACCUGCCACCUCCGCCGCUGCCGGUGGCGUGACCCGCCGCGCUCUCCGCUCCCAUUUCUUGUGCAAUGCUAGAUUGUAAGUACCGAACACUUUAAACUCUCUACUCAUCCCUGUCAACUCUGUUUACGCUCCGUGUGGAUGAUUGUUAGGAUAAAAGUACUGAAUAUAAAUAGUUAGAUGAUUAAGUUGAUCAGUGUUGAGAGCAGUCGUAAUAUUAGUGCGCGAGCCGGCCUCGAAACGCAAGCGUGGCGACGGGCGAGGCGUAAAUAGAGUUAAUUUCAAAGUAAAUGGGCCGUCGCAUCGCGCUGCCGUCGCCCGGUGCCUGGCGCAUUGCACUUUGAUGCCUACAAAUAUUCCUCAAUAGAAUAAAAUAGUGAUCUCACGUAGAUUCGUAGCUGACGAUCGACUUGGACAUUAUUUAUUUAUAUUUUUAAAGCAUGAAACGUUUUAUUUUUUCGUAAUGUUCCUGUAAUAUGAUUAGUGUCUUGAUAUACUUUUAGUGAUAAAACGACAGUAUGAAUAUAUUAAUUAAAAUCGUUUAAACAUUAUUUAAGCGGUAAAUUCCU